AUGUUGGGGGCGUUCGCUAGAAAAGCGAUCUCGACUGUGGGAAUGCGUCCUUUAGGUCUGCAGUUGAACAGAAACUUUCUGGUCCCUAUGCAUGGUCAGUUGUCUUCUAAUGGUUUGUUUGGAAGACACAUGAGUUCUACGAGGGAUAACACUCUUUAUGUACCGUUUUUAACGGACGCUGAACGAGAACGUGCGUCCAUCUUUUUUUGGGUUACAAGAAAUACGAAUUUGAAAGGAGUAAAUGUAACAAAAAAAAGAGCCUAUCUCCCCUUCUGGAGCUUUUCAUUUGAUUGUUACAUUCAGGUUGGUAAUAGCACUGCCGUAUCUGUGUACUCGGAUGAGGACGCAGCAAAACGGAAAAAGUGCCAGGUUUAUGCUGGAAAUGACUACAAUUACAAACUUAUGGAGGAAAUGAAAGUGUCCUCAGCCAAUGCGACUCCAUUGGACGUGAGCAUGAUGAAAGGAGUCUCCGAAAUCGAGCCGUGGGGCAUAUUCGAGCAAACUGCAUGGAGCUACGUGAAGACCAUGGUGGAAGAAGAGGAACGUCGCAAGCUGAUGCAGAAAAGCGUGAAAUCAGAAUUGCUGAAGAACGUCCGCUUUUCCUACCAGAACCGCAAGGUGAAGAAAGUGAUGGUGCCGGUAACGAUCGUGAACAACAACAACCUGCACGACUUCUUCACGAUUUUCAUCAGCGGCGUAACGGGCAUUCCGACGGGUUUUUCGCUCCACAAGCCGCCGAAUAUGCGAAGCAUUCCGCUGAUCCGCGUGGAUAAGUGGGUGGUUCCGCUGCUGAAAUACGCGUAUCAGAAGAUGGUGGAUAGUAUAAUUCGAUUUCACUAUGUUCGAGAACAAAAGAAAUACUUAAAACUCCAAAAGAAAGUCGAUCAAACACACGAUAACACGCUCUUUGAGGCGUACUACCGGAAGAAAUUCGCUCGCGAAGCGAGAUGGGAGAAUUGGAAGGAACGCGUUUUUUACGUUCUGGAGUUCUUCCAUAUCAGCAAUAAAUCGUACGUGGAGGAGUACGAAGAGUACGUGACGCAGCACAUUAAGCAGAGUGCACGACAGUCCAGUCGAACACAGCGAAACAAAUACAACAAUAACAAUAAUAAUAACAAUAAUAAUAACUCAAACAACAACAAUAGUUCUUCUUCUUCUUCGUCGAAUGGAAGCAAUUCACGCGAUUAUUAUGCAUUGUUAGGGGUCGAUCGAACGGCGAGUCAGGAGGAGAUUAUGCGGAAUUUCCGCGUGAAAAUCAUGAAGGUGCAUCCGGAUUACUAUCAUGGGCCGGACGCGCAGCAGAGAACGCAGGAGUUGAUUGAGGCGUACCAGACGCUUCGAAAUCCGGAAAAACGGUACAAGUACGAUUUAACGCUGCAUUAGAUGGGUUGU